CCGGGUCACAUCUUUGCAUCAGCUGCUACACGGUCCCAGUUUGUUGUAUUUCUCUAUCAAAUGAACUGUGAAACCCGCCAUAUUGAUGGGACCCAUGAGUCGCAAAGAGGGCACAAUCAAAAGAAAUGUAAGAGGCACUCAGUGUUGUGCCUAUGGCUGCAGAAAGCGAAAAAAGCAAAAGGGUUCCCUUGAAGGCAGAAGUGAUAGUGAGGGAAGCGAAGAUGAAGACUCAGUAAUGAAGAGGAGCCAGCCAAGAACAUUUCAUGCGUUCCCCAAAGACCCAGAGAAGAAGAGUGUCUGGCUUAUCUAUCUCCAUCGGCCAAACUACGAACCCUCAGUACAUGCCCGUGUCUGCUCUGAUCAUUUCACAGAAAGUCACAUGGACAGAACUGGCCAGAUCAUCAGGCUGAGAGAGAACGCCAACCCAACUCGAAUUAAAAACCUCCCAAAAAAGAUCCGAAUGAAAGUAAGAAGACAGGCAUGGAAACUACAACCAACUACCACACCCAACCACCAACUACCAGUGAAACAACCUGAGCAAAUGGAAGACAAUGGCCCCAAAUCUGACUGCAAUGACGUGACGCUCCCAAUGGCAACACACUGUACAACAAACGAUCGGCCUGGUCAUCAAGUGCCACAGCCAUUUGGGAUCCACAUACUCGAUCAUCUGUACUACAGACAUGAACACGAAGUGGAGAACUGCAUCAGGGACCCCAAAUUGUUUGUCUGCAAACUUCAGAAGAGUACAGAGAGAGUUAAGCACUUGACGAAGAAACUGAAAAUUUCUCAACAGAAGUCUAGACGUUUGCAACGGAAGGUCAGAUCACUGAAGGACCUUGUGAAGAGUCUACGGCAAAAACUGAAACGGUCAGAGCAGAACUCACAGCCAAACACACAGCAGAACACAGUCUGUGAAAGGAUUCAGCCUGUGAAAAUGGGCCAAAAAGCGAAAAAGAAAAUAUGUGACAUGUUAUGCGAAGGUGAAAUAAGCAGACACCCUGACCCUUCAAAAGUAUGAACUGAGAUGUCGUUCUGGUGUUGAAGUACUGCCUUGGUGUGCUAGGUGAUGAACUGUUGAACAAAUGGAAACGAUCUACACAUUCUACAAUCUUUCUGCAAAAAGUUGUACGGGUUUGAAUGUAAAUGUUUAGGAAUUAUUUUCACAUUGGAUUCUCGUAGAAUGCAUGAUUCUCUUCAGGGGGACCUGCAAUGGCUGAACAAUAGGAAAACAGUAAAAUCUGAGUGCAAUCUACUCCCUACAUUUAUGGGCAUUCAUUGGUAAGAGGUUAGGACGUCAGACUUGUAUCCCAAAGGUUCCCGGCUCGACUCCCGACCCGCCAG